AUGGAGAUAGUUCAAAAAAUAUAUACGGAUCAAUCAAAUUUUGACGGAAUUCGAUUAAUGAAUCAAAAAGCAUUUGAACUUAUCAAUUUAGCACUUGACUAUGAUAUUGAAUGUCAUAAGCCAAAAAAGCUAGAGGAAAGGUCGGUUAAAUUAAAUAAUAUCUUAAAAUUUCUUAAUAUUUUUAAUCACUUAGAUUUAGAAAAAGAAGUAAAAAUAGCAUCUAUUCAACUUGCAAAAUAACAAUAAAAUAGCUUUAAAGACCAACACAAUCAACAUUUCAACUAAUUCGUAGAGAAGCUAUGCCAAUUAGAAGAACAUUCGGAAGAAAAUAACAUCAAUUGGAAAAGUGGAACUUUAGACGCAUUAGUCAUUUUAAAUUAUUUAGAUUGUUGCACAUCAAGAAUAUUAGAAGCUCAGGUUAAAACAUUGAAGGAAAUAUUUAUGGAAGCUGUGAAAAGAAAUUAAAUGCUCUAAAUUAAAGGGUAAUUAUAGAAUUAAUGA